AUGAACAUAAGAAAGCUGAACAUUUACGUGGAUUGGGGAGUGACAAUCGAGUUCUCAGAUCCUUUAGUAGAAGAGAAUGGAAGAACUACAUAUGGGCAUUGGCCUUACCGAUCUCAAUACACUUUCGAGGGAAGCGCAAAAUCGAUUUCAGAAGCUGUAAACGACAUCGGAAUAGUUUUUUCAAAUUCAAACUUAAAGAUAACUAGACUUGUACUAAGAAUGGGUUGUUCCAAUCUGAACAAACAAUACCACAAUGAAGUCACCUUGUUCCGAGAGAAAUUCGUACAAUGCUUGAAGUCUAUGAUGUCCUCUCUUCCACACCAAAUUCAUGUUGAACGUGUGUUUCUGGAAUGCAUUGAAAUUCUUCCAUUUUUAAAAAGCGAAAAGUUGAAAAGGAUCAGUUUGGCAGGGGAAAGUACCGAUGAAUCAUUCCACAAAAUUUCUCAACUAGAGCAGAUUAAGCGUGUGCCAGUUAUUGAUAUUCUAUACACGUUUGAUCAUUUUCCAUUUGAUAUUUUAUCGAACACUCCAAAGUUCAAUAUAUAUUUGAAUAACUUUUCGGAAUCUGAUUUCACAAGACUCGUCAAGCAGAACCUGCAAGAAGAGAACUUUAAGUUUGGUCAGGUAAUCAUUGAUGGAAAUGGAAUAGGGUCUUGGAUAACAGAAUUUCUUUCGAAACAUCACGCUGUGAAAACCGACGAUGGAAGCAUGAUUGCAACACUCGAAGGACCAAAAUUCAAGAAUACUGUUAAAGUUGGUGGAAUCGAAGGAGGGGAAGAAUUUGUAUUCAGAAGAACUGCUUGA